UUGUUCGUGCAAAAUGAGUGAUACAAAGACUCUAGUUAAAGAUUUCGUGAAAAAACAAAGAAAACUUAUUGAAAUUGAAUACGAAGCCGAAAAGGAGAAAACAGAUGUUGAUCGAAAGGUCCUCGUUAGCCAAGGGCUUUGUAUUCAGAACUUGAAAUCUCUUCGGACUGUGUGUGGUUUGCAAGGUCGGAUUUUAAUCACUUUUACUCGCAAUCUAAGAUACGAGCAGCAAUUAGGUGCUCAUAAAAUUACCUGUGGUGAUAAUGUUUCAAUUGAGGAAUCGGGUGGAGGAAAUACACGUGCUUCGGGUGUUGUUCGUUCAAUAAACUCAUAUGAUAUCACAGUGGCCUUAGAAAGAGAGUCAAAUGAAAGUUUGGAUGAAGGUUUAGACGAUAUCGAUUUGAUUAAAAAAUCAUAUGAUGUCACGUAUAGAAGAUUAAAAGAUGCUUUAAAUGAAAUUCGUUUUAAUUGGAAAGCAUCGCCUCUCGUUGAUUUACUAAUUGGAUGUCGAUUACCAGGUAGCCUUAAAGAAAUUGAACCGUUUGAAUUUAUCAACCUUCGAUUGGACGAUUCUCAAAAGGAAGCCGUGACCUUUGCUCUUCAGUCAAGAGAUCUAUGUAUCAUCCAUGGUCCACCAGGAACGGGGAAAACUACCACUAUUGUUGAGGUCAUUCUUCAGCUUGUGAAAAAAGGCCGUAAAGUGCUGGUCUGUGCACCAUCCAACAUUGCCAUUGAUAAUCUAGUGGAAAAAUUAGCUUCAUUUGAUGUACGGAAUAUGAUUCGAUUAGGUGAUCCGGCACGAGCUUCGAGUGAUAUUCAAUGGUUUACUUUGGACGCAGUGAUAGAUCGUACUUAUGAAAUGAUAUUUGUCAAAAAGAUUCGAUAUAGAAUUGAUAUUUUACGCCGCUCUCAAGAUCGUUCUAACUUAGCUCAGAUUCAAAAUCUACUCUUUGAUAUGAAAAGACAAGAAUUAAGAAUAUAUAAGCAAGUAUUGCGUGGAUGUGAUAUCGUCUUGUCUACUUUGGUCACUUCCUCGAGCGAUGGGCCUCUUCAACACUUGGGUAACCCUGGAAAAUACUUUGAUGUCCUCAUAAUCGACGAGUGCUCUCAAGCCAUCGAAGUGGCCUGUUGGAUACCGUUAACUCUCGUUAAAAAGUGUAUUCUCGCCGGCGAUCAUUAUCAACUACCUCCGACAGUUAUAACAAAAACUGCGGCUAAAAAAGAUCUCGAAUUAUCUUUGAUGGAGAGACUUCUUUCCCGAUUUGACCACGAAAAAGUGGUUCGUAUGUUAACGGUACAAUAUCGAAUGCACAAGAAAAUAAUGGAAUGGCCUUCUCAAAGUUUCUACUCCAACAAAUUAACUGCUCAUCAAUCGGUAGAGAAUCAAUCAAUGUCCGAAAUCAGUAACUUAUCUGAUUGUCCGCCCUUAUUAUUGAUCGACACUGCGGGUUGUGAUAUGCAAGAACUGUAUCAAAAGUCCAGUGUAUCUAAUGGAAAUGAAUACGAAGCCAGCAUAGCAGCGAUUUAUGUCGACUAUUUAAUAGACAAAGGUGUUAAACCUCAACAUAUCGGCAUAAUUACUCCGUACAACUUGCAGAUUGAAUUGAUCAAAUUACGAUUGCAUCGUAAUCAUCCCGAUGUUGAGAUACGUUCAGUCGACGGGUUUCAAGGCCGAGAAAAAGAAGUCAUUAUUUUAUCACUUGUUCGAUCAAACGCUAAAAAAGCAACUGGUUUCCUUCGUGAAUAUCGACGGAUCAAUGUGGCCGUAACUCGAGCCAAGAAACAUCUUGUUGUCAUUUGCGAUUCCGACACUGUCUCAGCAGAAACGCACAUCUCAUCAUUAAUUGAUCAUCUCAAAAUCAACGGUAAAGUGAAAUCAGCUUAUGAAUAUUUGAAAUCUAAGCGAACACGAAAUUAUCAUCAACCCAUAAGAAAGCGCAUCAGAUUCAAUUGAAUAAUCAAUAAAAAAUUGCCUUCA